AUGGACAAUACCCAGCAGCGAGCGGUCCAGAGCGACAACGAGGACACCAAGGUACCGAGAAUCGCCGCCGAUUCAGACGAUGGCGGCGUCGACCUCGCUAUGACAGUCGCUGCUCCCGGCAGUGGCCUCGGCCACGAAACACGCACCGACCCCGACGUGUUCCGCUUUUUGUCCUUGCCGGCCGAGAUCCGGCUCAAGAUCUACAGGCUGCUCUUCAAAACAGACCGGCCAGUCUGUCCACAAGUCGACACCAUCCCCGCUCGCGAGAGGCAACCUUCGGGACUUCCACCGGGCGUGGUGCUCUCCAUGGUGCUCGCCAACAAGCAGCUGGCGAACGAGGUGACGCACUUCCUCUACAGCCAGAACGCCUUCCGCCUAUCCAUCCGAUACCAUCGCGACUGGCUCGCCCGGAUCGGCCGCCGCAACUCGAACCUCCUGCGAGAAGUCAUCCUCGUCGGCAACGGCCAGCCGACUCUCGCGGCGCAGCAACUCUCCUCCAUGCUGGUCACGCUGUGGAAGCGUGCGUUCGGCAGUCUCCGGCGUCUGAUCGUGCAUGGCGAGUGGUGGACGCCUUUGGACGCGGACUUCAUUCCCCGGCGUCUGCUGGAGGUCGGUGCCAGUAGGACGUGGAAGCGGUUCCCCGAGCUUCAGCGGAUCGACAUCGACAUUCCCCACUUCCACGCGCCCGUCGCCUACGCCGCCAUUUACAUGCGCCUGUGUGUCCAGACGGGCGUCCUCAUCACCGCACGGCACCGCGUGAAUGGGUGGCAUCUGCCGGUUCUCCACGAUUGGCCCCGGUUUUACACCGAUGGGUUGAUCUGGUUCCGAGUCGAUCCCAGCGAUUUGCAAGAAGCCGUUGAGAAAGCUCGGGAGGCUACAAAGCAGAGCAAGCUGAGGAAACGGCGGGAGAGGUGGAAGGCGUUGAAGGCUCGGAAGGCUCGGGAACGCCGAGAGGCUGAGGCGGAGCGGGCGGGAAAAUGGGUCGUCGUUAAAGAGGUCCCGCCAAGACUAAUUUCGGAUUUUACCGCGUACAAGGAAUUACAAAUCGCCAAGGGGUGA